UUUGUUAUCAAGGCUCUUUUUCCACUUCCCGGCGAAGUCAUCGGACCCAUCAACCACAGUCGACCUGUGAAGACAUCUCGUGAAAAGAAAACCCGUUACAUCACUUCCAACGUCAGCAACCAUGCGUUCUUCUAUGCUUCUGGGUGCGCUCUGCGCCGCCGGCGCCAUGGCCUCUCCCAUGGAAAAGCGUUCCUACGAGACGGACUGGACUAUUGUCACCAUCACCACCACCAUCACCGCUCCCCUGUCUCCCGCGGCCCCGACGACGGCUCCCGCCCAGAAGGUGCAGGUCUCCGAAUCUGUCUCCAGCGCUCCCGCUCCCGAGGUUGAGACGCAGCCUACCACUUCUUCGGAGCCUGCCCCCGCCCCGUCCACCUCCAGCCCGGCCGCCGUGUUCGUCGAGACCUCGAGUGAAGCUCCCGCUCCCGCUCCCGUGGAACCCACUACCACCGCCCAGCCCACGACGACCCAGGGAGGUGUGAUUGACAACAUCGAGGGUGCCUGGACCUCUGCCUGGUCUUCCGCCUGGACCAUUCCUGCCGCCGAACCCACCACCAGCUCGUCCUCCUCCAGCUCGAGCUCGACCGCCGCGGAGGCCGCUCCCACCGGUUCCUACCAGAAGACCAUCCUGCACAACCACAACAUCCACCGUAGCAACCACUCGGCCACCGAUCUCACCUGGUCCGCAGACCUUGUGGCCAGCGCCCAGGUUCUCGCUUCCCGCUGCGUCUAUGAGCACGACACGAGCAUCAACGGUGGUGACUACGGUCAGAACAUUGGAUACGGAGUUGCCGAGAGCGACAUUGGCUCUAUGAUUACCAACCUGAUGUACAACGACGAGAUGGGCUACUGGGACCAGUAUGACCUGUACGACAAGGCCGACCCCGACAUGUCUCUCUUCGAGAGCUGGGGUCACUUCAGUCAAAUCGUCUGGAAGGGCACCACCCACGUUGGUUGCUCCACCGUGGUUUGCCCCAGCCUUGGCAACGUUGAUGCGGCCACCUCGGUGCCGUUCACCGUCUGCAACUACAGCCCCCCUGGCAACUAUGCUGGUGAAUAUGCCGACAACGUGAAGCGUCCUCUUGGACAGAGCAUGGUGACUGUCUAGAUCUUUUCAAAUGUCUUCACUUGACCAGAACAGGUGACCGUGAUAUCCCCGGAUUGUUCGCUCGGAAAUCCAACACAAAUCCGUUUCGUGUG